AUGUCGAGCGAAUCAGAUAAUGAAUUGGAAAAUGGCAUGGAAGACGAUAUGGAUAGUGAAUUAGACGAUGCUGAAUUGCAAAAAGCGUUCAAAGAAGGUCGACUACAACCUGGUUUGAAUAUUGAACAAAAACCUAAACGGCCAUUGAUUAACAACAAAGAAGCACUUCUUGCUAAAUAUGCAGAUAUUUAUCUGGAUUUACCGUGGACUGAGCGACUUGAUGUUUCCAGUGCACCACUACUUACCAGUGAGAUUGAAGUGCCAACCAAUGAAGAUGAUGCAUUGGCCGACAAUGACUUUAAAAGAGAAAUGCUUUUUUACCGUCAAGCACAGGCAACAGUUCUCGAAGCAGUUCCUCGUUUGAAAGCUGAAAAUAUAGCUACCAAACGACCUGAAGAUUAUUAUGCUCAAAUGGCCAAAUCCGAUGAGCAUAUGAAGAAAAUUCGAGAAUACCUUGUUAAUCGUAAAUCCGAUAUUGAAAAACGUGAGAAAUUACGUAAAUUACGUGAACAGAGAUUGUAUGGUAAGAAAGUUCAACAAGAAGUUCUACAAAAGCGACAAGAUGAUAAAUCAAAACUACUGAAAACAAUGAAGAAAGUUCGAAAGGGUAAACAAGGUGGUAUGCAAGAACUAGAAGAAUCUCUUGGCGAUCGAAAGAAUCGUUUUGGAAAACCAAAUGGAACUGACAAUAAACGAAUUUCUAAAAAGAAUCGUAAAGUCGAAUAUAAAAAUAAGAAAUUCGGCUUUGGUGGCAAAAAGAAGAAUUCGAAGAAGAAUACAGCUGAGAGUUCAGCUGGUACAUUCAACAAGAAAUCUGGUAAAGGACAACGACCAUCAUUUCAUGCUCAGAAAGGCAAAAAAGGUAAACAAAAGCAGUCUCGACCUGGCAAAAAUGCUCGUCAAAAAGCCCGAUCAAAGAAAUAA